AUUUCUGACUAAACGAAACUUUAGAAAACACGCGGAAAUGCCGUGGGCAGCAUGUCGCAGAUCCGGCGCAGAUGAGACCCGCGCUCGUGCAGUGUGCAUCAGAGGGAAGAGCUCGUGACCUGAUGAGCACAGAGGCCAGUGAAGUUUGAAGAUGAAGUGCCCAGAUUGUGGGCAUGUCAUUGUGGAGGAGAAAGCCAAGUUCUGCAGUGACUGUGGCCUGAGGCUGACUACCCAACCUGCAAACACACAAGAUGCAGGAAAUCAGCCUAAACCCUUGGUAGCAGACUUGGAAAAUACAGCUGAGAAACCAUCAAGCAGCACAGGAGAUGAUAAAGAGUCGGAAAGAUCCUCCAAACGGCCCAGUGAGGAGACCGUGACCAAGAAGAAGAAAAAAAGGAAGAAGAAGAAUAAAAAGAAGAAAGAUGGCAACAUGUCAUCAGACCAAUCUGAUGUGUCACUCAUGUCGAUGGGAGACAACCAGGAGAAGACGACUCGGGAUGGAAAAGACUCUUCUGAUGGUGAAAGCUCUGAUAAUGCAAUGGAUGAAACUCCAGACUCGCUCCAAGAUGGGACCUCAUCACUAGAGAGCCCACCUUCUCCUUCAACAGCUAACACGACUGCUGCUGCUGCACCAUCUGAAGACAAACAAGAUGUUCAGAAUGAUAAACCUACUGCCGCAUUAAAGUCAAGUGUAGAAGCGCAGCCUGUAGUAGCAGCAGGCAAACAUAUGGAAGGAGAGAGCAAUGCAGCUAAACCCAGUCAGGAUCAAAAAACCCAAAAAGCACCAGCUGAUGCUUCAACUCAGCCUCCUGUCUCAGAGCAAAGUAAGACCACAGCUCCACAGUUAGGCUCAGAUAAAGAACCCAAGAACAAUAAAUCAAAUGAUCAAAACACUGACAGGAAAAACUCAAAGAGCAAGAAAGACACAGUCAACGCUAAACAGCCUAAAAAGGACGAGAACGCUAAUGUGGACCCAAGUGUGAAACAGACAGAACAAACCAAACAAAAGCUGAAAAAUCAGCAGGAGCAGAAACAGCCUAAAAGGGACGAGAACGUUAAUGUGGACCCAAGUGUGAAACAGACAGAACAAACCAAACAGAAGCCGAAAAAUCAGCAGGAGCAGAAACCGCCUAAAAAGGAUGAGAACGUUAAUGUGGACCCAAGUGUGAAACAGACAGAACAAACCAAACAGAAGCCGAAAAAUCAGCAGGAGCAGAAACAGAAGCAAACUGUGCCAGCUGAGCAAAAGAUGGUUUUUGGGCCAAACUCAGUAGCAAAGGCUCAAUGCACGGGCUCUAGCGUGGAUCGACAAGUAGAACACAUGGAGGUCCAGCAGUCAACAGCCCCUCACACCUCAGACACCAACAAAGAAACUAAGGACAGCAAUAAAGACAACGCAGAACCUAACACUGCAGGUGGCCAAGCACCCAAAAGGCCAACCAGCAACAAGACCAUAGCUGCUCAAGACAGACUCACAAUAUAUUUCCAUGCGAUUCUCUCAAAGGACUUCAAAUUUGAUCCAGAAGAAGAUCGUAUCUUCAUCAGAGCUGGAUCCCGCAUUGGAAAAUGGGAAGCAAAUGCAGCUGAGCUGUCUGUGGCCAGGGAUCUUGGGGAACAUGGAUUUCUGGUUAAUGGGAGUUUGGUGACAACAAAAUCUGAAGCUCAUUCUGUGUCAAUCCCAUACAAAUAUGUUGUCUACAGGAGGAAAAAAGAAAAAUAUGAGUAUGAGUACAUAUACAAAAUGGAUUCAUCAACUGAAACUACCAACAGAUGUUUGUUUGUGAAACCCCACCUCUUAAAUGAAGAUGGAGACUGGCAUCAGUAUGAUGACAUCAUUUGUGCAGAGCCUUCAAAGAACAUUCUGAAACGUCUCUUUUGGCCCGACCAAAAGAAGAACCUGAUUCAAGGCAGAGAGAUUGCAGGGAAUAUAAUGCUGGAGACCAUAUUUGAUCUUCUCAGAGACUGGAAUGGUACUAACUUAAAGAGUUUUCUGGUCCAGCUGAAUCAGUUCUUUCAGAUUUAUGAGGAGCCCUAUGUGUACGAGGGCAGGCAAAUGAGAUGGUACUCCUUAGACUAUGGAAAAGAGGACGUGAAACAUUUGCUAAAGCAGUUCAUGCUGUCGAAUGUGACUCCUCAGUUGCUAAGUGAUGGAGAUGGAAAGAGCCUCUACAUCCAGGAUCCCGUGAGGGCAGCUGUGAUUACGCUCUUUGUUUGUACACGGCAUGAUAUCAAACUAGAUAAUGGUGAGCGGAACCGGCUCUGCAGCACACUGUGCCUUCCCAAACUAAACAAAGAGGAUUUUCUCCAGUACUGGACCCGUUUUUCUCAGGAUGUCUGUAAUCUUCCAAAUCUGCCGGAAAAGUUGAUGUCACUGAUAAAUUCUGUAAAAAACAUGGGAAUGCCACGAUGGAUUCUGGUCCUACCCCUCCUCCACCUUCUCAAAGGCACCACUAAGCCCUUUGAGGCACCAACCUCUGCAAAGUACGACAUAUCCUGGGCAGGUUUACAAGGCGUUCAAAAUGCGAACCCUACGUACAUGAGCAGUCAAGACAGGAAGGCUCUGGUGAAUCUGAUGAAAAAAUACAGUUACUUGAUGGAAGUGGAUCCACUUAUGCUGCGGUCCUACUUGUACCUCAUGCCUAUUGAUGAUUUGAUAGAGUGUAGCAUGACCAUAAACGCUGAGCUUCUGGACAUGCUUAAGGUUUUUACAAAUAAGACCCCCCAGGACAUCACCUACAGUAACUUCCAGACAGUAUCUGAAAUUAUCUCACACAUCCAGAUCAACCUCAUUGAAGAAAAAUACAGUUGUGUUACUGAGGCUUAUAGGAAAGAGUGCCUUGCAACAGCUGUAAAACUCCUGGAAAAAAUCUGCAGAGGAAUCAAACCAACAUCAAGUACCCAGAAUCACCCUGAUAUUCCUGUAGCUUGCAUGAAUCUGGUUGCAUCAGUCUCAGACAUUGUUCUAUGCAACAAGCAACAGGACACUGCAGAAGGGGAAAGGGAGCAGUGGUAUGCCAGAGACUUGGUCUCUGAAUCACUGAAAAUCAUAAGAGACUGGAUUAGUCGAUCUUUCAUGAAUCGACUCCUUAACAGAGGAUUUACCUCCCUGUACUCUGUUCAGGGCACAGCAGAGAUUGAAAUCUGGAAUAACAUGAUCUCGAUCCACUUCAAAGAUGAACGUUGCACAAAAGAGUGGAGACAGACCUUAACCAUGGAUUUUGAGGGCAAGUACAAACAGGAAUCUGCUUUGGAUCAAAUUGAAUUCUACUGCACAAAAAUAGAGGACCUCAGUGACUCCCAUCCACAUGUUGCCUCUAUUAUUGAGAGGUGUGCACUUGAGGCUGUUACAUCUUUGUGCCAGACCAAAUCUGAAGGAAAACUAUUUGAGAGACUUAAAAUAAAUUGGAAGUUUGGGAAACUCAUCUCAGCAAUUAUCCAGAAGUCCUGGCCAAGGGACCGUCAAGGAAAUUAUCAGGAGGAUGAAGAAGUGGUCCUCCAGUACCUCCUCUCCUGGACUGCUGCCAAAGACAUUUUUCAACUACAUGGUGCAGAAGAAAAGCUGAUUGAGAAGCUCUCAGUAGAUGCGCGUGACAGGCUUGCGAUCGCCAUAUCUUCUUUCACAGCCGUUAACAAUCAGCUGAUCUGUGGAAACAUUAAGAUCAGUCUGCUCAAGAUCAUUUUGGAGAGGAGUGAUGCCUUCUUAGAACUACUAAAAAUCGACUGCCUCUCUGAGAGAGAGCAAUACAAAGACCAGGGCAAAAUGAGAAGGCUGUUAAGGUGCAGGCAAGAUGAAGUGGAUGCUGUUUACCAUGAGAAGGACUUGGUUGACAUCUUCUUAACAAUGAGCCGUAAGCUGGAGGAGUUUAUAACAGUUGAUGUUGCCGACAUGGAAGAAAGACAGCAGAUCAACGUUGAGGUCAUGGCUCUAAACCAUUUCAUGGAGGUUCACCCAUUUGAUGAAAUACCUUCCCCAAUGGCUGGUGUUGUCACCUACUUCCAGCUGGAUGACGAAAUACGAAACAUGGCAGAGACUCUGUACACGUUUAGAGACAGUCAUAUAUUCAGUCUGUGCUGGGAGAAACAGGCAAGAGUCUUUGCCAGUGAAGAAAUAUUGGAAGAUGAUCCUGACGCGCCUGAAGUAGUAGUGGACAUCAUGGCAUCACCGGAAGUGAUACAUGAUGAGAUUUUCAUACAGUGCUUUGCGGAGUACAAUAACAUCUACACUCGUCUGAAGAACAACAGCAUAAGGCUUGAGGAAGUCAACCAGCUGUUCAGGGAUUUCAAGGGAAAGUAUGAAAAAUUAGCACAAGACAUGGACAUUAUGUGCCGAGUGGAUAAGUCAACUGACAAACAGUGGAUCCACAGUCGGGUUAAACAGAUAGAGCAGUAUCAUGAGCUUCACCUGGCAGUGGCUUCAGCUGAAAUCAUCAUGAUGGUCAAGGACACCCUUUGUCUUAAAGGUGACUUUAGGGUUCUGGAGACACUCACCGAAGUAAAUCAUCCAGACUUUCAGAAAGAGCAGCUCAAUCGGAUUGACAAUGAUUUGAUGCAAGCGAAGAAAGAUCUGGUGGACAUAACAGAGCCCCGCAGACUUUGUCUUAAUGAGCUGAGACUCCGAGGGCACUUUGUGAAAUGGGUUAAGGAUGCACUUGAAGAUAUCAAUGAAUUAAAGGUCUUUGUUGACUUGGCGUCCAUUUCUGCUGGAGAGAACGACAUGGAUGUAGAUCGGGUUGCUUGCUUCCAUGAUGCUGUCCUCGGCUACUCCAGCAUGCUUUAUGAGCUCAAACCAGAUUCAGAUUUUCACACUUUCAAGGAGGUGCUCCAGAAACUCUGGAGAGCUUUAGAGAAUGACAACAAUCUGCCCAAAAAACUGCGGGACAGUGCACGUCAUCUGGAGUGGCUGAAGACUGUGAAGGAGAGUCAUGGAUCAGUAGAACUGUCAUCUCUCUCUUUAGCCUCAUCCAUCAAUAAUAAGGGAAUUUACCUUAUCAGUGCACAAAAUGUCAAAAAGCUGAGUCUUGCCACAGCCCUAAAACUCCAGAUUCCAGAGGAGCAUGAUGAUGGCCGACAGAUGCGCAGCUAUUCUCUUGAGGACUUGCGAGAACUGCAGAACAAACUCAUGCUGAUGUCUGGAAAAGGGGAUCAAGGGCAAAAUGAAGUUGAUCACUUUGCAGAGGUGUUUGACAGUGUUCAGAGACUAGCUGAAGCAUUUAUCGCCCUCCACACCGCCGGUAAUCCCCUAUUCAGACACUGGGAAGCUCAAAUCAGCUGCAGCAUCAGCAGUAUAGAACCUAGUAUUAUGAUGGACUUCAACCUGGGUGGUGUUCUCAGUGCUGUUAUUGUGGAAGGUAGCGUAGAAGAACAGCUUCCUGAACUAUGCAGGAAAAUGGAGAAAUGCCUGGAGUACUGGAUGAAUUUUGUGGACAAACAGAGAUCCCAGUCUUACUAUCUGAAUUACUAUACAGCUGAACAAAUUGUCUACUUGUGUAGUAAACUGUCUCAACAAAAUGUGACCAGUGUGGAUGACCAAGUGCUCAUGAUGCUUUCCUUCAUCAAGCCAGACUGCACAGCCUCUGACUUGAGGCAUGUGUGGCAUGCACUCCAGUAUGAAAUGCUCACAAAACCAGAAGAAAAAAAUGACGACCUUGAGUUUCAGAUGUUUGCAGGUGCUCCACUAAGUGAGCAGGUAGACUUGGACUUUACCAGCGAACUGGAUCCUCUACGAGCUCUCGUAGAACAAGCUAGUGGGUUACAGAAAUUUGAUCUGAUAUGGAAUGCUUACAUGAAAGAUAUGAAGGGUUUUCUUCCACACAUUCUUGAUGUAAAAACUCUGGGAAGACUGUUGGAAAUACUAGCAAACAAAGAUGAGGAAAGUGAAGAUGAGAGUGAAGAAGACAUUUCCAAGCAGACCACAGGGAAGUACAUACAGAGACAGCUACCUAAUGGACUGGUUAUCGGAAAUCCAAACCUCAUUGUUUGUCCACAUGAUGAGGUCCUGACAUCUUGCAUCUCAGUUUACAUGAGCAGUGAAAAUGAGGCACUUCCAACCUAUGAUGAAGUUCUUUUGUGCAGCCCCAUGACACCAUAUGAACAGGUGGAACUUUUCCUCAGACGCUGUCUUAGCACAGGCUACAGAGGACAGAAGAUUUACUCUCUGCUGUACGGGGAUCUGCUUACUUAUGACGUAAGCUCGAGAGUAGAGACCUUCUUUCAGCGAAUGAAAAUGCAGAGUAGAAAGGACUACAGUCUUGUCAUCAUCUGUAGCUCAGAAAGAGAACAUGCCUACCUUCCCUCAGCAUUCAGCCAGUACAAGCUGCACAUGGUUCCUCAGGAGGUGCUGGCGAGGAUUCAGAAUUACCUGUACAGACACUAUGCUGUUCCAGAAGACCAGAGUAGUGCUGCAGCUGCAUUCAAAGAUCGGCUGUGUGUUGGAGUUGUCUCCUCCAAGAGGGCUGGUGUCGGUAAAUCCCUCUACAUUAAAAGGUUGUAUGAAAAACUGAAGUGCUCAACCAAAAAGCCCUCAGUGAUGAAAUGCAUCCGCUUGAUUGAACCUAAUGUUGAUGAGAGCGUCAUUCUUCAGUCUCUUAUAAACAGCCACAAGAAGAAAGAACUCACAAUAUUCCAUUUUGACAUCACAUCGUCGGUGCAGAAAGGCCUCCAUGAGUUUCUGUUCAAACUGUUGAUUCUGCGGUAUCUAAUGGACUCUGAGGGAAGAGUGUGGAAGUGCAAUGACAAGCAGCUGUACCUGGUAGAGAUUUUAGAACCAACUUCAAAGCUAACCAAAAAUGCCUCACGGCAGGUGCAAAAUAGCUGUUUCACAGAUGUGUUCCCAAAUAUUUUCUGCCGACCACCUAAAGAAGUACUGAUGCUAGAGACACAGAAGCAAGAAGAUCCUACUAUCGUUAACAAUGAAGACCCACUCAUGGAUGAUGUAGAAUUCAGGAGUGCUGCCUUUCAACGGCCCUACCAGUAUCUCAAACGGUUCCAUAACCACAUUGAUCUGGAUGUGUUUACAUACAAUGGUGUUGAAGGGUCACAUGUGGAAUGUCUUCAGAUGCUUCUCAUGCACUGUGGAAUUAUGGACCCAUCAUGGGCAGAACUAAGAAACUUUGCGUGGUUCCUAAACCUCCAGCUACAAAACUGUGAGACGUCUGUGUUUUGUGAUGCCACAUUUACUGGAGACACUCUAGCUGGAUUCAAAACGUUUGUGGUGGACUUCAUGAUUCUUAUGGCAAAGGACUUUGCCACUCCAUCACUCAGCAUCUCUGACCAGAGUCCUGGAAAGCUGCAGAUGGACCUGACUGGUGUCAGUGAUGAAGACUUAGCACCUUUUCUCAUAAGGAAGAGGUGGGAAACAGAACCACAUCCAUACAUCUUCUUUAAUGACGACCAUGUGUCCAUGACCUUCAUUGGUUUCCAUCUUCGGCCUAAUGAGCAUGACUUCGUUGAUGCUGUUGAACCCAACUCUGGGCGAGUGAUCAAAAAGAAUGUCAUGACCCGAGCAUUAUAUGAAGGCUUAAGGCUACAGAGAGUGCCUUUUAACAUCGACUUUGAUCAACUUCCAAGAGGUGAGAAAAUAGAGCGAAUCUGCAAUGUUCUUGGUAUCCAGUGGCCUCUUGACCCCGAUGAAACAUACGAGCUGACAACUGACAACAUACUGAAGAUGCUGGCGAUCCAUAUGCGGUUCAGGUGUGGCAUCCCUGUCAUUAUCAUGGGAGAAACAGGGUGUGGUAAGACGAGACUCAUCAAGUUUCUUUGUGAGUUGCGUAGAAGUGGAGUGUCCACUGAAAACUUGAAACUUGUGAAGGUGCAUGGAGGGACAACAUCAGAUAUGAUUUACACCAAAGUCAGAGAAGCAGAGACAAUAGCUUCUAUCAACAAACAAGACUAUGGGUUUGACUCUGUUCUCUUCUUUGAUGAAGCCAACACCACUGAGGCCAUCAGCAGUAUCAAGGAAGUCCUCUGUGACAGGACGGUCAAAGGGGAAAGUUUAACACCCCACUGUGGAUUGCAGAUUAUUGCUGCGUGCAACCCUUACCGCAAACAUACAGAUGAGAUGAUUCAGAGGCUAGAAUCUGCUGGUCUUGGAUACAGAGUUCGAGCUGAAGAGACAGAUGAAAAGCUUGGAUCUAUCCCUCUCCGGCAGUUAGUGUACAGAGUUCAAGCCUUGCCACCAAGCAUGAUCCCACUGGUGUGGGACUUUGGACAGUUAAAUGACCAUACAGAGAGAAUAUACAUUCAGCAGAUUGUGCAAAGAGUGAUGGAAAACAAAGCAAUACAUCAAAAUUACAUUAAGUUAAUCACCGAUGUCCUCUCAGGGUCACAAAAGUACAUGAGAACAAGAAAAGAUGAAUGCAGCUUUGUCAGCCUCAGAGAUGUGGAACGCUGCAUGCAGGCUUUUGUUUGGUUCUUUGACAACCAUGCCAUGUUUUUUGAAGAACUUGAAGAAUUUGAGAAAAAUCAACAGGGUGAGAGAAAAGAAAGGCAUCCCAGAGACCGUGAAGUCAGAGAUCCGGUGAUAUGGUCUUUAGUCAUGGCUGUAGGAGUGUGCUACCAUGCUUGCCUUGAGAAUAAGGACAAGUACAGGAAGAAAAUAUCUAAAUUCCUCCCAUACAGUCCAGCAAAGCUAACCCAGGAAAUCUCACUAAUGCAAGAUUUGCUUCUGAGCGGUGUUCCUAUGGGGGACACAAUUGCAAGAAACAAUGCCCUUAAAGAGAACGUUUUCAUGAUGGUUCUCUGCAUUGAGCUAAGGAUCCCUCUCUUUCUUGUUGGAAAACCUGGAAGUUCAAAAUCUCUGUCUAAAACCCUAGUGGCAGAUGCAAUGCAAGGCCAGGCAGCUCAUUCUGACCUUUACAAAAGGCUUAAACAGAUCCAUUUGGUCUCCUUCCAGUGUAGUCCUCACUCAACUCCAGAGGGCAUCAUUAAUACAUUCAAGCAGUGUGGACGCUUCCAAGAGGGGAAGAACCUGGAUGAGUACAUAUCAGUUGUGGUCCUUGAUGAGAUUGGUUUGGCAGAAGACUCCCCAAAGAUGCCACUGAAAACUCUUCAUCCACUGCUAGAGGAAGGAUGCAUUGACGAUGAGCCACUACCUCACAAAAAAGUUGGAUUUAUUGGCAUCUCCAACUGGGCUUUAGACCCUGCAAAAAUGAACAGAGGGAUUUUUGUCUCUCGUGGUGACCCUGAUCUGAAGGAACUCAUUGAGAGUGCCAAAGGCAUAUGCUCAUCUGAUACAAUGAUUUUGGAGAAGGUCAGAGAUUUCUUCCAGCCAUUUGCAAUAGGCUAUAUGAGAAUCUGCCGCACACAAGGCAAAGGUUUUUUUGGCUUACGAGAUUAUUACAGCCUGAUUAAGAUGAUUUUUGCUGUGGCCAAAGCUUCUCAGCGGAAACCCAAUGCAGACGAAAUCGUUAAGGCAGUGUUGAGGAAUUUCAGUGGCAAAGAUGAUGUGGAUGCAGUUGAUGUCUUUACAGAAAGACUGCAGAUUAUACCCAAUUUGGACACCAUCAGCACCAUUGAGUUUGUAAGAGACAAUAUUCAGGCAGUCGGACAGGAGGAAGAAUGCCGGUACUUGCUGGUGCUGACAAAAAACUAUGCUGCUCUUCAAAUCCUGCAGCAAAGCUUCUUCUCAGAAAGUGGCCAACCAGAAAUCAUCUUUGGCUCCAGCUUCCCAAAGGACCAAGAGUACACUCAAAUCUGCCGCAACAUCAACAGAGUGAAGAUCUGCAUGGAGACAGGCCAAACUGUUGUCCUUUUGAACUUGCAGAACCUUUAUGAAAGCCUGUACGAUGCCCUGAAUCAGUACUAUGUCUGUUUGGGUGGCCAGAAGUAUGUGGACCUUGGACUGGGAACCCAUCGUGUCAAAUGUAGGGUCCAUCAGGAUUUCCGCCUCAUUGUCAUUGAGGAAAGAGAGGUGGUCUACAAACAGUUCCCUAUACCGCUCAUCAACAGGCUGGAGAAGCACUACCUGGACAUCCACACAGUUCUCAAGGCUGAGCAGAAGAUAAUGGUGAAUGAGUUGGAGAAAUGGGUUGGACUCUUUGUGUCUCUCAGUGGUCAGCCAGCAACAGUGACCCAGGCAUACAAAUACCAACCUGCAGAUGUCUUCAUUGGGUACCACUCUGACACAUGUGCCUCAGUGGUUCUUCAAGUAAUAGAAAAUGACAAGAACCUCAUGGAAGACUCAGAUUCUGACAGGAGAAUACUGGAUGAGGCUAAACUCGUCCUCCUCAAAUGCGCUACCCCAGACUCAGUGGUGCGCUUGGACUGCACAAGUCUUCCAAAAGUGGAGAGCGAACAUCUGGCCAGAGUCUACUUUGAAGAACAGAAUAACAACUGUUUAGCUGACUACAUACUUGCUCACACAAGGCAGGAAGUCCACUGCAGCUCCUCAUUCACAGAGGUGACAACAUUUUCAAGACUUUUGACAGCAUCUGACUUGGAACCGCUGGAGCACCUAUUGCAAAAUGUUGAACUUCUGUCACUUCAACAGUUUGACACAGAGCACUCCUUCCUGAAAAAGAUCAGGAACUUCCUCACAGCUAAAAAUGGAAACAUUAAUGGACCCCAGAUCAAGAUCCUCAUCAUUCAGUGUGAUUUUGAUGAAGGCUCCCAGAGUGCCAAUCUCAUUGCCUCUGCAAAGUACUCAUCCAUAAAUGAAAUCAACAAGAUUUCUCAGGAGAACACUGGUAGCAAAGUGUUUGUCUACUUCAUCACUAGACUGCCAAGAAUGGAAGGAGGCACUUCUUAUGUUGGGUUUCAUGGAGGCCCUUGGAAAUCUGUUCACAUCGAUGACCUCAGACGAUCAAAAGAUAUCGUUUCAGACAUCAAAGCUCUGCAAAACAUGACAAUCAGUCAAAUGUUUGAAACAAAGAUGAAUCAGCCUGAAGCAAUGGAGGUGGAUGACGAGUUAUACAUGCAUAAUGAGCAGGAAGAGGAAAAUGCCUUGGAUAAUGUUCUGGACACUACAGUGCUUGUGCGAAGCUGUGUGCAGAAUGCAGUGGGCAUGCUGAGAGACCAGGUGGAAAGUGGUUUCCGUGGCACUCGGAGGGUGGAGAUCUUGUUGACUCUCCUUAACGACAAUGAUGAAGUUAAAGGGGAAUUUCUCCAAACUGUGAAGAAGCAUCUUCAUUCUUUGUUGGCCACUUGUGAUGGAAACACCUUAUCCAUCAAAAAUAACUGGGUCAUGAAGGAGGCUUCCAACAUUGAUGCCUUGCAAGAAGGAGGUACCUUCAGGCAAACUUUAUGGAAGCGUGUUCAGGCAGUGGUUGUCCCUGUCUUGGCUCAACUGGUCUCAGUCAUCGACCGUGACCAAAACUUGGACAUCUUACUUGAUCCAGGCUGUAGAGACUCUGUUAAAAGGCUGUGGUUAGACAUCUUUGGUAAUGAUAAGCUGCUGAAAAUCCCACAGCAAACACUGGGUCGCAAUUCUGAGACAACAACAAUUCUUGUACAGAACCACAUGCCCCAAAACAUGAGCCUCGGCUGCAGCAUGCCUUUCAGUUGGAGGAUCAAGGACUACCUGGAGGAGCUCUGGGUUCUUGCACUUGAGCAAGAAGGACAAACACAACAUGAGUUUGAAGAGUUCUUUUGGAAGACGCCUCUUGGACGAUACAUUCUGAGAGCAGACCAGGAAAUGCAGACAGAGUUUUUUCAUCGCUACCUUCAGGAUUUCAUUUGCAUGACAAUGAAUGUGACUUGUACAGAACACCUGCAGCUUUUAUCCGGGGCACUGAAUUGCUGCGUCAGUGAGCUGAAAAUAAAGCACAAUGCCACAGAUACAGUGACAUCUCUCCCAUGGGUCCAUGCUGCAUAUCAUGAGUUCAAGAAUCGAAUGCAGAACCUUUCCAGGAUGAUCUGCAUUGAGCCUCAAGUGAUUCAGGAUCUUUUGAGGAAUUCUAAUGCCAGAGAUGGGGUUGAAUUGGUACUUGAUGUGUACACUGCUUUUGCAUGUGUGGAGUACCUGGAGGCCAGAGUUCUAGACACAGACGCCCAAAGACAAGCCUGGCUCAGGCAGGUCAAAAAACUCCAGGUUCCUAUUGAGCUGAUCUGCUCUGAGGACAGUGUGAGACACUACGGACAGAGAAGCAAGGCGAUUGUCUGCAGGGUCCAAGCUGGAUGGAAUCGGAUAUUUUCACUCUCUCUGUUUGUGGAGCACAUGCUGUUGGGCAUUGAAGAAGUAGAGAAGAACCUAACACAUCUAGUUUUAGAGCAUACACGACGACUUGACCAGAUUCUGGAGAAAAACUCAGACCUGAAAACUCAGCAGUCAUUUGAGGCUGUGAUUCUUUUACUCAAAGACUGCAAAGACGGAGCAGUUGAUCGCAUCUUCAGGUUUGGAUCUCUGUGCCCAGUGUGUAUGACAGACGCUCAUGAUCCACUCUGUCUGCCAUGUCAACACAUCUACUGUGUGAACUGCAUCAGACAAUGGCUGGUCCCAGGUCAGAUGUACUGUCCACUCUGCAUGCAGCCAGUUGGUGAAGAUUUCCCCAUUGUCCCCUCAGAGGCCGUAAGGAUUCUGAUCAACCAGCAUGCUCAGUUCAGGAAGCGAUGUAAUGCUUUCUUUGUAGACUUGGUGUCUACUGUGUGCUUCAAGGAUAACUCUCCUCCCUGUCCAGCUGUCAUCCUUCAUUUGCUGUCAUUCCUCAUGGUUGAGGCAAACCCAGUACCCAUUCUCAGAGUUAAUCGACAAGUUCUUACAAAGAUACUCUCUCCAUUUGAUGACUCUGUGGAUAAAAACCCAGUGGUUCGCUCAGUAGUGCUGAAACUCCUGCUAAAGUACAGCUUCGAUGAGGUUAAAGGUUACCUGCAACAGUAUCUGAUGGCAGUAGAGCGGAACAACAUCUUGGAGGAAACAGACAAAACUGAACUCUACUCACUGUACAUUAACUGCCUGGAGGAUUCCAUGUUCGAGAGGUUGCAGUUCAGAUCCCCUGCAGACCAGCAAGUGUGUCUGCAGAAUGAAAGUGACUUCCUGACUGAGUACCUACAAACAGAUGAUCAGUCUCCUGAAACAGCCACAGUAGAGUACCUGCAGCAGGUGGCCAGAGUGCGGAUGGAUUUGGAUAUGGCAGCCGGCCUACUCACUGAAAAACUGACAGCCACAGAAGCUCAGGAACAGGGUCCAAAUGGAACUACAGCUUUCCUGAAGAGUGUAUUAAACUUGUGUCGGCACAGUGGCAAUGACUGGUAUCGAGUUUAUUUGCUCCGUAAGAUUAGCAGCCAACAUGGAGUUGAGUUUGUCCUGAAGCUCCUCAAAGUUGAUCACAUGAGAUGGAUAUUCCCUGAAGAAGUUCUGCAGCAGGUUGAAGAGGCCACCCCGAUUGACCAGUUUCUGGCAUGUGGUGAAGACUACAAAAUGAUCAGAAAUGCUGUUGCAAAAGGAGUUGUAGAAGGCAAAGUGGAAGGACUGGAUGAGACUUGUGCGGCGUGCAAAUGUUCACCUCAGCAGGCAACAGUUUAUCUCCUGUUAUCACUGUACAGAGAAGUCACAACUUUGUACAGAGAAGCCAAUCCAAACUUCCAUCCCAAGCCUGAACAGUUGCAAGAUUGGGUGGCUUACAUCCAGAACUCCCGGUUCCUCACCACCCCUGAGGCAAAGACUUUUGCCCAGGCUAUGGUGACCAACAAACUGGGGCCUUUGACCAUUCAUCCAGCUGUUUCUGGGGAUCAGUGUGCGUUAGUGGAGCUAACGCUGCACCUGGCUGCUGUGUUGCUCUUUGAGAACCAGGGGAUCUUGGGGCCUCUGCAGCAGCUGGCAGUGACACCAGCCAAUAUGCAGGCGGCCUUCUUACCCACAAUGCCAGAGGACAUGGUGGCAGUGGCUCAACAAGCCCUGGGGCCUUUACAGUGGUAUUCUUGUCCAAAUGGUCACCCUGUUACCAUUGGAGAGUGUGGCCAGCCCAUGCAAAAAAGUCGCUGUGUGGACUGUGGUGCUGAGAUUGGAGGAAACAAUCACAUAGCUGUACCUGGAUUUCGCGUUGUUCCUUUACAGGGUGACCGUACUCAGACGGGCCACAUCCUGGGUGACCCCAGUCGCAGGGACAAUCCGGACAUGCUGGACACGAAGAGCAUUUCCCCAGUUCCCUUCAUCAUAGUCCGCAUGCUCACCCACAUGGCCAUGCUGCUCGGUGUCUGCAGCCAAACACAGCAACUCUCUGCCAUCAUCAAGCCUCCGGUCGCUGACCCUGUAGCUUUUCUUCUCGCUCACCUGCGAAAGGAUCAAACACAUCUGAUCAGAUCUCUGGGCAAAGGGGCAGAUGACACAGUCAGCACUGUUCACCUGCUCAUCAGCAGCUUCAUGGAACCACAACAGCAACAAAUAUUGUCCAGUCCUCAAGACAAUCUACUGUCCACCAAAGAGGCCAGAAAUAAAUGGGAGGCUGACAUGAGCAACAUCAUUACACCUCAGCUAAAGUGUUUAGACAGACAGCUGAAGGAAAUGAACACGUUCAUGCGGGCAGACUCUCGCAUUUCUGCCAGCCCGAUCAUGAAGCUCAUGUUUGGUGAUCCUCAGCUCUUCCUAGCUUCUGUUCCUCGGAACUCUCUAAUCCAUGGUUCUACUGUCUGGAGCUGCAGGGAGAAAGUGUCUCUUAUGAGCCUCACCCACAUUGUAGAACAGAAUGAUGGCAGAGACAGUUUACCUGUACUAUGGAGAUUUCUACACAGGGAGGUGGAGCUUCGAUUGGUGAAAAACCUUCCUGACAUCCUCACACUCCAAAGAGAUCUGGUCAAGAAGUUUCAAAACAUCACUGAGCUGACUUGUGGCACCAUCGCUGCAUUCCUCCACAGUCAGAAAGCAGUUUCACUCAGAGCCUGGUAUGAGAAACAUAUCAAAAUCUUUCUGAUGACCUGGAAUCAGCUCAGAGUGUCUUUGGCAACCAAUGGUGAGAUUAAGAUCCCAGCUGAGCUCUGUGAGAAAGACUUAGACCUCAGCAGUGACUUUAAGGUGCUCUUACCACGUCGUCAAGGCCCAGGCCUCUGCUCCACAGCCCUGGUCAGCUACCUCAUUGCUCUGCACAACGACAUGAUUUACUGUGUGGAUAAACACACUGGAGAGGAGACCAGCUACAAAGUGAGCCCUGCUGAUCUGACUGAUCUCCAUGUGAUCCGGUAUGAGCUGGAGAGAGAUCUGAUGCCCCUGGUUCUGUCCAACACCCAGUACAGCAUCGAGAAAGGACAGGAAACACUUCAUGAAUAUGACCUGCCUAAAAUCCAGCAGCAGAUCCUUUCCCGUUUCCUACUGGGCAAACCUCUCAUCACUCUAAAUGGUAUUCCAACGCUUGUGAACAGGCAUGACCGCAACUACGAGAUCAUAUUUAAGGAUGUAAAGGCAAAGGUCAAUCAAGAGCCUCUCCAGACUCUCACCCUGUUUGCCGUGUCUGCGGAGCUUCACUCCUACAGCGAGGUGUGUGAGGCCUUGUCCACAGUGGAACUGGCACUCGGCUUUGUCGCCAUGACCGGGGGAGAGUCUCAUAUGCAGCUGUCCUGCUACCUGGAGGAGGUGCUGCAGAUGGGAACCCAGAUGGCUCCACACAUCCUCAAGGCCCUGAGCAUGUGUUGUCUAAAGCAUUGUGUGGCACUGUGGCAGCUGCUGGCUUCACUCAAAUCAGAAAAUAUACUGAGGCUCAAGAGGGAUCCAUUUGUGGAAGUCUCAGAGGAGUACAAGCAGGUCCUGGGUGUGGACGAGCAGAGGCUGCUGACUGGUUUCUUUUCUAAGAACAGUGCCGACACUUUCCUGUUGGAGAUGCAUGAGUUCCUGGUCCUGGUGCUUAAAAAGCCAAAUGCAUCUGACACCUACAAACCCAACUGGAGCCUUAAAGUAACAAUGAUGUGUUACAUGGAGCGUAAAGACUUGGACAUGCCCCCUGAUGUGGAGGAGCUCUUCCCUGAUGAGAUCCUCCUGUCCCAGGUUGUCGAAGCCUGGAAAUUCAUUGUCACCUUCAAGCAGGAGCGCCCUCAGAGACAAUAAGUCUAUAAAAAGUUUACAAUCACAACGAAUCAGUGUUAUCGAACACUUCAAGGAUCUGUUCUUGUUUUAUAUUUCAUAGUUCAGUAGUGUUUCUUUCUAUUUGCACUGUAUUCAUAUUAUGAAGAUGUCUGUCUCAGAGAGGCAGA